AUGGCGUACACGAAGGCCAUCGCCGUCCUUGGCUUCGCGGUGGUCGCCGCGUUUGUCCUCGCGGCUGAAAGCCGCCACAUCGCUCGGAAGGACCUGGGCGUCAGCCUCGGCGGCGGCGGCAGUCUGGGGGUUGGUGUUGGUGGCGGCCUGGGUACCGGCUCAGGGAUCGGGAUCGGCAUUGGCGGUGGCAGCUCCGGCUCGGGCUCCGCGUCCGGAUCAGGAUCCGGGUCUUACUCCGGCUCCGGCUCUGGCUCUGGGUCCUGGGCGGGGUCAAACUCGGGCUCCAGCUCGUGGUCUGGCGCAGGGUCAUCGGCUGGGUCCAGUGCAGGCUCGUACGCCGAGUCGGGAGCUGGCUCGAACGCGGGGCCUGGCGGCGCUGGCUCGUACGCGGGCUCGAGAGCUGGCUCGAACUCCGGAGACGGAGGGUCUGGCGCCGGCUCGUACGCGGGCUCUCACGCCGGCUCGUACGCAGGCUCUAACACCGGAGGCGCGGGCUCAUACGCUGGCUCCAACGCUGGCUCGUACGCAGGGUCAGGCGCUGGUCCGCACGGGGGCUCUGGUGCUGGCUCGUACGCGGGCUCCGAGGCUGGCUCGUACGCAGGGUCUGGCGCCGGCCCGAAUGGGGGUUCUGGUGCCAGCUCGUACGCCGGGUCCAGAGCCGGCUCUUACGCUGGCAGUGGGCACGGCAAGUGA